CUUUGGAAAAAUCUGUAUCAUUGGGCCUUCGACUUUUACUAUAUAAUAUUUUUGUAUAUUUCCUCAUGGAGGGUCGGUCUCAAGGGUUGAGAAAAGGAACAUGGACUACCGAAGAAGAUAAUCUCUUGAGGAAGUGCGUUGAGAAGUAUGGAGAAGGCAAAUGGCACCAAGUCCCUUCAAGAGCUGGGUUGAAUCGAUGCAGGAAGAGUUGUAGGCUGAGAUGGUUGAACUAUCUGAAGCCAAACAUCAAGAGAGGAAGACUUAGCCCUGAGGAGGUUGAUCUUGUCAUUAGGCUCCAUAAGCUUCUGGGAAACAGGUGGUCGUUGAUCGCAGGCCGACUGCCCGGUCGGACCGCUAAUGAUAUCAAGAACUAUUGGAACACCCAUAUCAGCAAGAAGCAAGAACUAUCAUCUAAUUGUAAGAUCAAAUCCACUUGGGAGAAAAAGACUGCCGAUGUUAGUUUUCCGACCGAACCUGUUCGGAAAAUCGAAGUUAUAAAGCCUCGACCUCGAUCCUUCUCCGACUACAGCCGACGCAAUCUCCUCGGCGCCCAGACCAAAACCCCUUUAAUAACGGGAAGCAACAACAAAGAUAGUGAUGAUGAUCAUCAUCAUAAUAACAAUAAUGGUAAGAACACAUGUGAGAAAGAUGAAAAUGGGAUCAUCAACACUACAGUGAAUGAAGGGAAGGAGAUUAUGUGGUGGGAAGAUUUGUUGGAAGAAGGCGAAGGGGCGGAGGAGAAUCCAUGGAUGAACCCGACAAAAGCUACUUGCGGUGAUGACGACCUUUGGAAUCUGUUGAAUGCAUAAACAUAUAAGUUUAUUAAUUUAUUAUCUAAGUUAAGUCUUCUUCUUCUUCUUCUUCUUCUUCUUCU